UACUCCUCGUUAUCUCUUUGGAAUGCAUUGCUGGGAGUGCCUUGCUGAGUAGCUCGUUGACUCAUUCCGGGGUAGUCAUGGGGAGACCUUCCAUCCGAAUAAGUGGGCUUUUACCAUAUAAGUUAUGCUCCCCUAGCGCGUAGUAGCGAGAAUUUUCCUUCUCCGAAAUGUGGCCUGUUCUUUGGAGACCUGGUUAUGGUGGGAGGUUUGACUGUGUUUCGGUUAUUCAGCUCGUGGAACAACCAUGCAGGCUUGCGGACGUUGAUCUAGGCGUACCGAGUUUUCAUGUUGAUAUUGAUAGGGUGCUGGUGGUAAUUUUUGUUGCUGGUAAAAAGUCUGCUGGCGUGUUCCGAAGACAGACGCGAUGGGGAAUGUCAGCGGACGUCAGAGCAAAAACCGUGGGCAGCAGGGGGGCAUGAGUCAGGAAGGGUCUGCGGAUACGCGAUUCAAGAGUGAGAGCGAAAGGCCAAGGGCAGAAGGUAGUAAUCAGCGCUCGAGCGCCACCUCCAGCAGCCGUGGCGCAAGCACCCAUCCCAAUCAGGGAGGUAGCGCUCGACCAGCGAGCACUGGUAGCGCACACACUGGGAGUGCCCAUAACGCGAGCACUCAUCACAAUCAGGGUGGGAGCACUCGUCCAGCAAGCACGGGGAGCACACACACUGGCAGUAGCCACAACGCUAGCACUCAUUCCAAUCAGGGUGGGAGCACUCGUCCAGCGAGCACGGGUAGCUCACACGGUGAGAGCGGCCAUAGUGCAAGACCUAGCAGCGGCACUGCUCCUGCUGAGCGCCCACGCGUACCCAUGGCGGCGCCAAGACCGCGAUCGGUGUCGAAUGUGGGUGUCUUGGGGAAACCGCUGGUCGACAUUCGCCAAACUUAUUCGCUGGGCAAGGAACUUGGCCGAGGCCAAUUCGGGGUGACCUAUCUGUGCACCCACAAGGAGACGGGUGAAAAGCUCGCGUGCAAGAGCAUAGCGAAGCGGAAGUUGAUUGCCAAGGAGGAUAUUGAGGAUGUGAAGCGGGAGGUUCAGAUUAUGCACCAUUUGUCAGGAACCCCCAACAUCGUAGACUUGAAGGGAGUGUAUGAGGACAGGCAUUCUGUCCAUCUGGUUAUGGAGCUUUGUGCAGGUGGGGAGCUUUUCGAUCGCAUCAUCGCCAAAGGGCAUUACAGCGAGCGAGCCGCCGCCGAUUUGUGCAGGGUCAUCGUGAAUGUGGUGCACAGAUGCCACUCGUUGGGUGUGUUCCACCGAGACCUGAAGCCCGAGAAUUUCCUGUUUGCCAGCAAGGACGAGGAUGCACCUCUGCAAGCCACAGACUUCGGUUUGUCGACUUUCUUCAAGCUCGGAGAAGUGUUCCGUGACAUUGUGGGAAGUGCGUAUUAUGUCGCUCCAGAGGUUUUAAAGCGCAAUUACGGUCCCGAAGCCGAUGUGUGGAGCGCUGGGGUGAUUGUAUACAUUCUUUUGUGCGGAGUGCCACCGUUUUGGGCAGAAUCGGAGCAAGGGAUUUUUGACGCUGUUCUGAAAGGGCACAUCGAUUUCGAGAGUGAGCCAUGGCCGAGAAUCUCGAGCGGGGCUGUGGACUUGGUCAGAAAUAUGCUGAACCCAAAUGUGAAGGAGCGCUUGACUGCAUAUCAGGUGUUGAACCAUCCAUGGAUGCAGGAAGGCGGUGACGCUUCCGACGAGCCCUUGGACAAUGCGGUACUGGAUAGACUGAAGAACUUCUCAGCCGCCAACAAGAUGAAGAAGCUGGCACUGAAGGUGAUCGCCAACAGUCUGUCUGAAGAAGAAAUUGUAGGGCUGCGGGAGCUGUUCAAGUCCAUGGAUACCGACAACAGCGGGAUGGUAACAUUCGAGGAGCUCAAGCAAGGGCUAAUCCGACAAGGCACUGGGCUGAAAGAGGCGGACAUCCGCAAGCUGAUGGAAGCAGCCGACGUAGACGGAAACGGCAAGAUCGACUUCCACGAGUUCAUAUCAGCGACGAUGCACAUGAACAAGACAGAAAAAGAGGACCACCUGUGGGCAGCAUUUAAACACUUCGACACGGAUAACAGCGGGUACAUCACUCACGAAGAGCUGCAGGAAGCAUUGGAAAAUAGUGGCAUGGGAGACCCACAGGCAAUUCAGGAAAUCAUCAGGGAGGUGGACACAGACAACGAUGGGAAAAUAGACUACGACGAGUUUGUAGCCAUGAUGCGGAAAGGCAACCCUGACACAGAAGACGGCGUGAUGGUCGUCCCUCCCAGGCACAGGUAGCUGAGACCUCCACACUCACAGUGUAAUCUUCACCCUCCAAAGCACCAUCAGCAGCAGCAGCAGCAGCUUUGAGUUGUGUGCCAUAGCUCUCUGCUCCUUUCUCUGUCAAUCUGUAAACCAAACAGGAGACCCUGAUAAGACCCUGGCAUUCUCAUAUAUAUUGUUCAGUUCCGACGCGGUUCUUAGGCAGCUUGCUUCACGAUUAUGUAACCAAUACUGUAGAAAAAUUUGCUAUGAGGCUGCUGGUGCUGCUGCAUGAGUUGAAGGUGGCGUGCAACCCAUCAAAAAACGUGUGCACAAGUAUUAUAGAGCAUUAAAGUGGAAUAUAUCGACAGAUCUGAGCUCUGCCUUGCUGGUUCCCUACACCCAGAGAUUUUCGUUUACCGUUCCGGAUGAUGUGUGGUGGAAACAGUUUUCUCAAGAGCGGAUUAAUCUUUCCUGUUGCCAUGGAAUUAGGAUUACUGUUACUGUUGAUUAGUGCUGACUGAGUGGUGUAGUCCGCAGCAGGUCGUAAUGGAGGGGAUCUUGUCGUCGUUGUUGAUGAUUAACCUCCAAGCUUGCCAUGGUUCUCUUUUUAAAUGCAUUUUGAUAAUAUUAAGUGCUGUUGAAUCUUUUGCCGGAGAUGUUGUAAGAGAUCAUUUAAAUUUCAUACAGAUAAACUGAUAUUUAUUAAAGAA